CGUCUGUGCUGCGCGAGCAUUCAUCGAGGGCUGCGGAGGACCGGUACCACUACGCCACAGCUGACACUGACUGCGCUAGUUGGAAAAUAUUUAUUAAGAUCUGACAAAACACCAAACUCCUCCAUCCAAAUUCACCAGCACGUUCUUCUAGGAGAAUACGUCUGGAAGAGAUCGCAAUGCUUCAAACAAGGGACCUGGUCUGGGCUCUGCUCUUCUUUGGUUAUGCAGCCUCUCUGCAGGUGGAAAUCACUCCAAACAUGGGGGAGAUCAGCGUGGGAGAGUCCAAAUUCUUCUUUUGUGAAGUGGUGGGCGAUGCUAAGGAGAUCUCGUGGUUCGCCCCGAGUGGCGAGAAGAUCCUGCCCGAUCGCACGGACAUCAGCAUCAGCGCUGGUGACGAGACUUCGUCCACUCUCACCAUCUACAAUGCCAACGUGGACAACGCCGGCAUCUACAAGUGCGUGGCCAAGAACGGUGACCAAGAGUCACAGGCCAGCGUCGUCGUCAAAAUCUUCCAAAGAAUCACCUUUGAGAAUGCUCCAUCACCUCAGGAGUUUAACGAGGGGGACGAUGCGGACAUUGUGUGUGACGUUGUCAGCUCACCGCCCCCUACCAUUAUCUGGAAGUACCAGAACCAGAGGAUUCAGCUGGACAAAGAUGUGCGCUUCAGGAUCCUGAGUAACAACCACCUGCAGAUCCGCGGCAUCAAGAAGACGGACGAGGGCGCGUACACCUGCGAAGCUCGAAUCAUGGCCCGCGGAGAGGUCGACCUCAGGGUCAUCAAGGCCGUCAUCAACGUGCUGCCCAGUAUACGUACUCGCCAGACGGAGCUGAAUGCCACGGCGGACAUUGGUCAGUCUAUCACGCUGGCGUGUGACGCAGACGGCUUCCCUGAGCCCGCCGUCACCUGGGCACGUGAUGGUGUUGUGCUGGAGGAGAAUGACAAGUACGCGUUUAAGGAUGACGGCUCUGAGCUGGUGAUCCAUGACGUGAAGAAGGUGGACGAGGGAGAGUACAGCUGCAUCGCCACCAACAAGGCCGGACGCAAGGAAGAGGAGGUCAGCCUGAACGUCUUUGUCCAACCCAAAAUUACGUUCCUGGAGAACCAGACGGCGUCGGAGCUGGAUGAGCAGAUCACGCUGACCUGUGAGGCCACAGGCGAUCCCACCCCCACCAUCGUCUGGAGCUUCGGACGCCGCGUCUUCAACGAGGAUGAGCAGAGUCUGGAUGGGAACGUCGUGGUGCGGAGUGAUGCCCGAGUCUCCUCUCUCACUCUCAAGUUCGUCCAGUUCACCGAUGCCGGACAGUACCUCUGCACCGCCCGCAAUGACAUAGGAAUCGACCACCAAAACAUGUACCUGGAGGUCCGAUACGCCCCUAAGAUCCAAGGUCCGGUGACAGUGUACACGUGGGAAGGCAACGCGGCCAACAUCAGCUGUGAGGUGCUGGCCCACCCCGUAGCCUCGGUGGUCUGGUACCGCGACGGUCAGCAGCUGCCCAGCACCAACACCACCAACGUGAAGAUCUACAACACACCUGCCGUCAGCUACCUGGAGCUCACGCCGGAUUCCCAGAAUGACUUCGGGAGCUACAACUGCACUGCCUCCAACGUCAUGGGCACAGAGUCCAAAGAGUUCCUGCUCAUCCAAGCCGAGGUGCCCUCGGUGCCGUCCAUCGAGCGCGUGGAGCCCUACUCCAGCACGGCACUGGUGGAGUUCGACGAGCCCAUGUCAGACGGGGGCGUACCUGUGCUCAGGUACAAGGUCGAGUGGAGGGCCGGAGGAGCCGACUGGACCGAUCAGGAGUACAGUGCCGAGUACGGCCUGAAUGGGAUCACCAUCACAGGGCUGAAGCCGGAGACUGUGUAUGAGCUGCGACUGUCGGCCAUCAACGGGAAGGGCCAGGGUGAGAGCAGCCCUGUGGAGACCUUUAAGACGCAGCCCGUCCUGUCCCCGGCGACGCCCACUCCCGCCCUCCCCACCAGCCCAGCCCUUAAAGGGGAACCCAACCCCCCCAAGCUGGAGGGUAAGCUGCAGACCAAAGGCAACUCUCUGAAGGUCUCCUGGAUGAAGCAGGACGAUGGGGGAUCUCCCAUCAUGCACUACCUCGUGCACUACAAAAUUAAGCAGAGUAAUGACUGGCGCCCUGAGAUCCGCAUGCCUGCCAGCAGUGACUACGUGCUCCUGAACGGCCUGGACUGGAACAAGGACUACGAGGUGCAUGUGGUGGCCGAGAACCAGCAGGGCAAGUCCCAGCCCAGUGUGCUGUCCAUCCGCACCUCCCCGGAGCCCACCGCCAUCCCAGGCAUGCUGUCGGAGGGCGCGGGCCUGGGCACGGGUGCCAUCGUGGGCAUCCUGGUGGUGGUGUUCCUGCUGCUCCUGGCCGGAGUGGACGUCACGUGCUACUUCCUCAACAAGUGCGGCCUGCUCAUGUGCAUCGCCGUCAACUUCUGCGGCAAAGCCGGCCCCGGGGCCAAGGCCAAGGAGGCGGAGGAGGGGAAGGCCGCCUUCACUAAGGACGAGUCGAAGGAGCCCAUAGUGGAGGUUCGGACGGAGGAUGAGCGCACCCCAAACCAUGAAGGAGGAUCAGGACCCCUGGAGCCCAACGAAACCACCCCACUGACUGACCCUGAGCAUGCGGCUGACUCCAUGGCCACAGUAGUUGACCUCCUCCCCUCCGCCUCCUCCAUCCCGGCUGACCCCGCGCCGGCGUCAGACUGUACCUCUCCCGCUAGCGACUGCACCCCGCUCACCUCCGUCAGCGACGCCCCAAAAGCCUCCCCCAAAACUGCCCCCAAAGACAACCCCAAAACUGACCAAACCGCCGUCGCCCCUCUGGUUGACCUAAGCGACACGCCCACUCCCGCCGCUGGCUCCGCCCCUAAUGCCACAGCAGCCCCUAAAGCUCCGUCGGCUUCUCCCAGCCCCUCCCCCAGCCAGGCGACAGCCAAUGAGGCUCCAGGUGGCGGAGCGGGCGUGGCAGAGUCCGCACAGAGCGCGCCCAGCAGUACGGAGCCUCAGGUAGACGUGGCACCAGCGCCCCCCUCCACAGAACCCACACGGGGCAGUCCGACCAGCACAGCACCACCCUCUGGUGGACUCAAUGAUGGGAAGAUCGUGACGGAGGACAAGAGCAAAGCAGACGAGAAGACGGCCGACCCCAAGGCCACGUCUCCAUCGGAGGUCAAGGCCGUCCCCAACGAGGCGCCCCAGUCCAACGGCAACGAGAGCAAAGCAUGAUGGGACCCCCGCGCCGCGCCACAUCGUGCUGUCUGGACCCCCCCCCCCCCUAGCCGUCACCG